AUGUCCACCCAAGGCUGUCCACCACCUGCCAGCCUUCCUCCUCUUCCCGAUGAGGCCUCUGUCCCCUUCUCGUCCUUGUUCGACAACUUCGAUCUAGCCACGGUCGAUUCAACAGUUCAGUUUGCGAAUCGAGGCAUCUUCAUCGCCUCGGAUGGUCGUCGGUACCUCUUCCAGAGCAUACCUGAGUCGGAUACGCCAACCGCUUCUCCGACCAAGUCGACUGCUCCAAGUAGCAUACAGCCAGUUACGAGCCCACAGUCGCCGCAUGAGUUACACGGCCACAACAAUGCCUCUCCCAUGGGACGACAGAUGUCGAACGCGAGUUCGCGAUCACAGGCGUCCAGUUUCCGGACAGCGCACAGUGAGCGCUAUAACGUGUCCCCUGCCGCCUUGGAUCUAGUCGUCGGACCUCCGCCCGCUAUCACUCAGGACGUGACCAACAUGAUGUCCCACCUCAACAUCAACAAUCACUUCAACGGUGCGGCGCCAUACUUUGGAGAGUCUGACGGGGGCGUUGGACUUGCCGAGGUUCUCACGGAACGUGACACGGAUCCAUGGAUUCCUGAAAGUCCUGUCGACAACAGGCCUGUCUCUCCCCGAACCGCUCCCAACCAACAUCGCCUUGAAUCUCAUCACUCCCAUAAUCAGUCCACAUAUAUGGGUACAUCAACUCUAACGGCCGGCAUGAGCACGCCUGCUCAGACCAUUCAUACUGGAGGCCAUCAAGUCGACGGUAUCAACUACGGCGGGUUUGUGACAGGGGCGAACUUUGCUUCUUCCCAAGGACCUCGUCGACAGGCACCGCCUACGGGACCAGUCCUUGAGUCCUUGAUGGAAUUCUCGUAUCCUCAGUAUCCCGCGUCACCAACGUCUCCGAUCAGGCACUCUUCGAUGCCGUACUCGCCUACGUCACCCGUCUUGGCGCCUGAUUACGAGAAAGAGUUUGUCGAUUCUGAUGGUGCAUAUGUCUAUUCGAGCUCACCUCACUCAGUAGUCCACGCGCCGUCCUCCCCACACCAUGACCGCGGAAGGGGAGGUAGUGGGAGCGGAGUGUUUGUUGGAGCUGCUCAGAAUAACUUGGUCAACAUUGGGACUUCAACUAACCAAAUUGACACCCGGACCGCAAUUGUUGUGGUUCCGGAACGACAUGAUUCUUCUUUUUCGAGCGAUAUCAAAAGUGCACCCACACUUGCGUCCUCGGCAUUCGAAGAUGGAGAGCUCAAGAUUUUCCGCAAUACGACCACAAAAGAUCUGAGGUUUCAUUGCAGAGUUGGCACAUAUUCCGAGACAUUCUGGAUCAAAGCAAGAAACGCCCAACUAAUCCCCGUCUACGCCUACGACCCCCGCUUCCUCAACGUCAUCUGCCUCCACGACAAAGAAACCGAGAAGGGCAACCCAGGCUACUUGCGGUCCUCCCCCAUUCCCGGAGGCACAGGAAACGGCCACCCCAACGGCAUCUACCAGUUUCCCCGUCUCGAGAACCUCUGCAAUUUCCAGGCCCAACUCACCGGCGAAAAGGUGCUGCUGGACAUCAGCAACGUCAAACUGAUUCGCCUGAGCAAAGCGAACAACGGUGCAAACGACACUUACUCGAGCGUGCGUCUGCAAAUCUGGCAUGAGGAUCCAGAUUCCACAAGCCGAAGAAGGGGGAUGCAAUCGGAUAAGGCGAGUUUUGUGACUGCUGGUACGGCCUUGUCGGGACCGCUUCGCGAUAAGCAGGUUGCUAGUUCCAGCAAGUUGAUUGUGUACUUGGGACGGCUGGGAGAGUACGUGCAGACUUUUAUCACGGAUGAUAUUGAGGUGAAGGCGGAGGGACAGACAAAGGUUAAACUGAGGCCGAGGAAGGCGGGGGUCUUUAGUAGAGAAGGGAGCAGGUGGAAGGGAAUUAAAGCACACAUCGAGCAAAGAGGCGACUCGGAAAUGGCCGGAUUCAAUAUCGACGGCCAACCACCCAACCCAGACGAGGAAUACAGUUAUGAUCUCUACAAGAUGUUUGAGAUUGAGUUUGAGAAUCCACCAAGCCAAGACAGCUUCAUCAGGAGAUGGGGCGAAGUCAUUGCCAACCGCCGACAGCAGAAAAGAGAAUUAGAGAAAAUUCAGGAGAAGUUGAGAGCGGAGGGAGGGUUAUAUGGUAAGACGGCUAUGCAGAUUCGGAUGUGAUACCAACACGCAGCUAUUUGUGAGCUCUAGGGAUAGCUCGUUGUCAAGACAGAUUUGGAGAACAGGUUGGGAUAUAAUCGUCUGGUAAAGAUCUCUUUUGGUGGCUUUAUCCCUUGCUCUCAGCCGAGGGGGUUUCGGUAAGCGGGGAGUUAGGACUGGAUCGGAUCGGGCUACAGGUGUAUUUCUUUUUCCUGUCAUGUGUACGUGUUGCGAGAUACCUGGACUGGAGGAUACGAGUGUGUGUUUACUUGUUAUGAUACCUAACCACGGAUAAUGAGUUCUGUACCCUACUAUCGCGGCCGAGAGAAGAGACUGAUGACUACGUUCAAUGUUCGCUUUUUCUCACACGACUCGUGCCUAACCAGAAC